UAUUGGUCAGUGCGAAAAUUACCAAGCACAUUCGCUGAUUAUUCUCGAAGACAUCGAAUACAACCUUCUCGUUGAUUACCAACAACAAAAACAACAACAAUCAUGCCUGAACCAUGCAAAUGCAGUACUACAAGCAGCAAAGAUGAUAGCACUCCCCGAACCGGACAAAUGGCUGGUGAUGGCUGCCCCUGUGAAAAAUGCAAAGACUGUGAAUGCAGAGAUACUUGCUUCGAUGCGGAUGGCGUAUGCACAUGUACUAAAGGAUGCUGCGAAUAAUGAGGGUAUCGACCUUUCUCUGUACAAAGCAAUCCACACUCCAUGUACAUACAUAUUGGCUACACUCUUUUGACUGAAUAAUUCGUUAUUCCUCGAUGUGGA